AUGGCAGCAGAUAACUAUCGAUUCACAAAAAGUGAUAGUUUACUAUGUUAUUAUGAAAAAAUGCUAUAUGAAGCAAAAUGCUUAAAAAGAAGGAAGGCUAAUGAUGGUAAAGCACAAUAUUUUAUUCACUACAAAGGCUGGAACAGUACAUGGGAAGAAUGGGUAGAUGACGAUCGAGUAUUGCCUGUUAAUGCUGCCAACAUGAACAAAAUGGCAUCAUUAAAAGAAAUACAUUCAAACACAAAAAAGAGAAGCGCAAAACAUUCUAUCACUAUAGUUGAAAAAGAAACAAUACCCAAUGUUCUAACGCCUCCAAUAAAAGGAAAAAAACUGAAAUAUUCUGGUAUUUCAUCAGAAUUAAAUCAAAUAGUAAAUGUUUCAUCGUCAACCAAACUAAAACCAAAAAAACGAGGUCGUUCUCCAAAAAUUAUAAUUCCUAAAAUUGAAGAAAAUAAACCUACUAAAGAAGAAGACACUUAUAAAAAACAAGACACUCCUAAAAAGGAAGACAUUCCUAAAAAAGAAGACGAAGGAUUUAAAACGGUUGAAAGAACUGAAGACAUUGAUGAAACUGAAACUGAAAAUGUUGAAGGAGUUGGAUUGAUUGAAGAAUUUGAAGCUGAAGACCUUGAAGCUGAAGAGUUUGAAAGUGAAGAGAUUGAAGGUGAAGAGCUGCAAGCAUAUGAUGGAACUGAAGAAUCUACAAAUGAAGAAAGAUUUUCAGAUGAAGAAUCUGAUAAUGAAGAAGCUAAAGAAUAUAUGAGAAAGAUUUAUAAAACUUAUAUGAGAAUAAAAAAAGAAAGAGAACUUGAAGAAGCUAAAAGAAAAGAAGAAAUAGAUGAUACAUUUACUGUUUCAGCUCCAGUAGUAAAAAUAACACCAAAAAUCAUCAUACCAGAUGUCAUUAAACGAAGAAUUGCUUUUGAUUUUGAAAUGGUUGUGAACAGGAAUCAAAUAUUAAAAUUUUCAAAAAAAAACACUAUUUAUCGUUUGAUCGAAGAUUUUCAAAAUUCAGACCCUGAAUCUGAAGAAAAUAAAACCAUUGGUCUAAUGUUCAUACGGUAUUUCAAUUUUAAUAUACAUGGACAAUUAUUGUAUGCACCAGAAAAAAAGAUACAAAUGCGUAAAAAGGCAUUGAAAAGUUUGAUCACCUAUUUGAAUGAUGGUGAAGUUUACAAUUGUAGUAUAAACUUAUAUCCUCAAAAAUGUUGGCAUUUGGUGUAUGGACCCUCAUAUCUAAUACGAUUAUUUGUUUUACUUCCUGAAAUUGUGGCAUCCUUAACUUAUUCAGAGGAUAUACCUAAUGUUAUUGAAAUGUUUGAAGUUUUUAUGAAGUUUAUUGCCGUCAAUUUUGAUCAAUAUUUUUCAGACGAAUCCCAAGAUUAUAUUGUAAAUGAAUAAGGAAUUAA